AGCUGCGGGUAAAAGGUAAACACAGCAGCGCUCGAGCUGGGAAACACGUGUUUAGUAAAAUGGGGAAAAGGAGGCAGAAACAGCAGGAUUUAUGGAGUCUGAGUAAAAAACAGAAGAAGCACCUGAAGGAGUUCGGAGAGGAGCAUCCGUUCCAUGAUGAUGUUCCUGACAGACGAGAAAGAACACAGAUUGUUCGUUUGCCCAACAAUCCUGAACACUCAGGCUCUGAGAGUGAUGAAGAUAUCGACGAAGAAGGAGUAGAAGAAGAAGAGAAACCCUCUGCAUAUCAACAGCUGCUGUCAACUAUGAACCGCAAAGCUGAUGAUAACAGUGAGGAAGAGGAGAGUGAGGAAGAUGAUGAGGAUGAUGAAGAUGGUGUAGAAGAAGAAAUGGUCAAUCCAGAUGAAGUAGAUGAUGAUGAUGAUGAUGAUGAUGAUGAUGCUGAAGAGGAGGAUGCAGAAGACAGUGAUGAGGAUAAUGAGGAGGAAGAAGAGGAGGAUGGAGAAGAAGUUGAGGAGGAUGAGGAGGAGAAUGGAGUAAAUGAUGAAGAUGAAAAUGCCUCCAAAGAAGAGCCAGCUGUGGCUGGAGAGAAGAAAGGAGAGGAGAAGGGGGACGGAGAGGAAGAGCUGGAAGGAGAGUUUAUAGACAAAUCUAAUGAAGAAGACUUUUGUCUGGAGUCCAACCUGCCUGCAGAGGAAGAACAGAAUGAGGAGAAGAGUGAUGGCAGCACAGGGGAAGAUGCAUUUCUGAAGCACCAGGAGACAGAGCUGAGUGAUGAGCAGGUGAAGAGAAUCUCUGAGGGCUCUAAGAUCAGGACUCAGGUUAAGUGGUCCAGACUGGGUGUGCUGCAGUGCUCGUACCCUCUGGAGUGUUUUCCCCCCAUCAGCCAGGCUUCCUCUCUCCCCCUCCCUCACUUCCACAAAGCCUUGGAGCCAAACUGGCGCUCCCUCAACCAGCCUGAGGGAGGCGCUGCGUUGGACCUCACAGAGCUGCAGCAGGAGCUGCUGAGACUCAUGGGAUCAUACAGGGAUGUUUAUUACCCAGAAUGCUCUCCGCUAGUGGAGGGUCCGGAGGUCCGGCGGGCGUACUGUCUCCACGCCCUUAACCACGUGCUGAAGGCCAACUCCCAGGUUCUUGCUCAUAAUGCCCGGCUGAAGGAGGCUAAGGGGGGGGAGGAGGAGGAUUUCAGAGACCAGGGGCUCACCAGACCCAAGGUGCUGAUCCUGGUGCCGUUUCGGGACGGAGCUCUGCGGGUGGUGCAGACCUUCAUCAGUCUGCUGGAGCACGAAGGGAAGAAGAUGGAAGUCAGUAAUAAGAAGAGAUUUAAAGAUGAGUACGGAGAGGAUCCCAACGACAGGCCCACAAACCUGCACCGGCCAGACGAUUACAACGCUGUGUUCUCAGGAAAUGUGGACGAUCACUUCAGGAUAGGUGUGUCCAUCAUGAAGCGCAGCAUGCGCCUCUACUCUCCGUUCUACUCCUCCGACAUCAUCGUCGCGUCUCCGCUGGGUUUGCGGACGCUGCUGGGCGUGGAGGGAGAAGCUCAGAGAGACUUCGACUUCCUGUCCUCCAUCGAGAUGCUGGUGCUGGACCAGACCGAUGUGUUCCUCAUGCAGAACUGGGAGCAUGUGAUGCACGCAGUGAAGCACAUGAACCUGCAGCCACGGGACUCUCACGGCGUGGACUUCUCCCGGGUGCGGAUGAGGAAUCUGAACAACUGGGCUCAAUAUUACAGACAGACGCUGAUAUUCAGUGCCAUCCCGGAGCCGCAGAUCAACAACAUCCUCACCAAACACUGCCAUAACUACGCAGGACAGGUAGCUAUUAAGAACCUCCCUAAGAUAGGCUCCAUCUGCCAGGUGCUGGUGCAGCUCCCACACGUGUUCCAGAUGUUUCGGGCUGACACCUUCAUGGAUCAGGACAUCAGGUUCCAGUUCUUUGUGGAGAAGGUGCUGCCGCAGUACAGAGACUCCGUCAUGUCCCACACGCUGAUCUACGUGCCGAGCUAUUUUGACUUUGUGCGUUUGAGGAACUACCUGAAGAAGGAGGACGUGAGCUUCUGCAGCAUCAGCGAGUAUUCCAAGCGCUCGGAGGUUUCCCGAGCUCGACAUCACUUCCUCACAGGAGAGAAACAGAUCCUGCUCUUCUCCGAGAGAUUCCACUUCUACAAGAGAUACACCAUAAAAGGAAUUCAAAACCUGAUAUUUUAUGCUCUGCCCACCUACGCCCACUUCUACAGUGAGGUGUGUAACAUGCUGCAGUCCAGCACCGGCUCCUCCUCUCUCACCUGCACAGCCCUGUACUCCCGCUACGACACACACAGACUGGCAGCCAUCACUGGAGCCGAGCGCACCGCCCAGAUGAUCCGCUCCAACAAAUCCGUUCAUCUGUUCGUCACAGGAGAGGAGAAGAGUGCGUGAAAAGAGAGAGAGAGAGAGAGACCUCAGGACAGACUGUAUGAAGAACAAGCACUGACCAAAACAUAGCCUAUACAGCUCUGGAACAAAAUUAAGAGACCACUUCAGUUUCUGAAUCAGUUUCUCUGAUUUUGCUAUUUAUAGGUAUAUGUUGAAGUAAAAUAAACAUCAUUGCUUUAUUCUAUAAACUACGGACAACAUUUCUCCCAAAUUCCACAUAAAAAUAUUGUCAUUUAAAGAAUUUAUUUGGAGAAAAUGCAAAAAAAAACGAAUUCAGAAUAUCAAUAUUUGGUGGAAUAACCCUGGCAUGUUCUCCUCCACCAGUCUUACGCACUGAUUUUGGAUAACUUAAUUCAAGCAGUCCAGCUUGGUUUGAUGGCCUCUUCCUCUUGAUUAUAUUACAGAGGUUUUCAAUUUGGUAAAAUCAAAGAAACUUAUCAUUUAUUUUUUUCCAGAUCUGUAUGUUUUCUGUUGCCUUAUUUUGUUUGCGAGCUUUGUUAUAUCUGGAAAUAACACUGAUUGUCCAUUUUUAUGGCUUCUGUCGCUGAAUUCAGAAAUACUGGUAAAUUAAACCCAGUAAUGAGAGAUGCAGGGGUGCACCUCCUGUUUGGACAGAAUAUGGACAUUAGUUAGAUUGGCCUUCACAAGUGUUAAUGGCCUAAUACUGGUCUACUGGUUGGACUGCUGUGCUACAGGAGGGCCCCAUACAGUAAGAAUUAUUACAUUAAAAUGUGAUGUUUUUUACAGAUCUUUUAUAUAAAGUUUACACUCAAUUUA